UUCAUUUUCUUCCUUGUCCUAAAAUGCAUUUGUUCCAAAUAAAAAAAAUUCAAGCUUCACUUUAAUGAAAUGAUUUCAAUGGAAAAGUAGCUCUAUUCUUUCAAUUUUUUAUACCCAUUUGAAAAUUAAUAAAGAGAUGAAAUAAAUUUACGCUCUUUUUGAUCAUGAGUUCCAAGUUGGGGCUGCUUAACACGUAGCUAAGACACACAAUUUUCUCAAUAAGUGCAAACUCUUAUGAAGUUUGCUUUUCCUUUUUUACUUUUUUUUUAAUUUGUGAUUUAAAUACUAUGAUUUUUUUUAAUUAUUGUUUGGUGGUGAUUGUAAGGUAAUUGUUUCUAUGCUCUAUCAAUUUUGUGUUAUGUGGAAAAGUUCAGAUAUUUGGAGAGCAAUCUAGCAUUAGGGCAAUGAUUAUUUACUGCUAGAAAACCUUACCUUUGUCUUCCUAAUUACAUUAAGAAUGUGGGAAUUAAAAAGAUGUUAACUAUAUUGCUCAUAUUUUACUGUGAUGAAGACUUUUUGAGUAUUCUCAGUCCUUUUUUUUUUUUUUUUUUUGCAAAAUUGCUAUUACUUUCUUGUGCCUAGAAUUUAUGUAGUUUCGUUCCAUUACCUGCAAUCACCAUAUAAAGAGGAAAAAAUUGAACUCAUUUUAUGUUUCAUUAGAAGAAAAAAGGGUCUAUUACCUCUUUGCUAGAGAUGCUAAUUUUACUUAUGCUUUUUACCAAUAGAACUUCCUUUUUAUCAGAUCCGAUUUUUAAAAAUAUGACGUUGCUGAAGAGGUAUGUGUUGAGAUUGUUCAUUUCGUUGAAAUACAUCACUGCAAAUGUGGUAGACAGAAACAACGGACGAAUAGUAGCAACAGCAUCAACAGUAGAACAUUCAAUGAAACAGUCACUAGAGUGCGGUAGAACUUGCAAUGCAAAGGCUGCAGCAGUUGUCGGAGAAGUGUUGGCAAUGCGGCUCAAAGUGGAGGGUCUUGAUCAGGGACAAGGAAACGGUAUCCAUGUCAAUGUAAAUAAGGAGGUUGAGAAGAAAGGUUUCAAGAAUCAGACAAAAGUUUGGGCUAUAGUUAACGGCCUUAAGAACAAUGGAGUGAAACUUAUUUUGGAUGACAAUAUAAAUGGUAGUUCUCGCCCCAGCUACCACUAAACAAUCCCCUUCUUGCACACUCUUAAGACUAUAAUCUCAAUAACAAGAGUUGAAGAAGAUGGGAGUGAUGUGCCUGGUUAUGGAGAUGACGAGAAGGGACAGAAUAAGAUGAAGAAGUGCUCGAAAUGGUUAGCUGGAAACAGGUUUGAGGCUAAAUUUUCAUGUUGGGAAAAGAUGGACACGAAAACAGGACAUUUCAUCUUUCUCUUUUUCUUGCUACUGUUUUUACCAGUUUGUUCAGCGUCUAUAAGUUUUCUGUCUUUAAGUUAGCUGAACUCAAAGAAAUUGUUGUAUCCAGUUUUAGAAUCUGUGUUGUAAAUUUGUACAUUAUUAAUUAGUGAAAACAAUAGAUGGCCUUAUUAUGCA